AUGCCGGAGAAUAACGAGGCAAAAAUCAGGAAUUGCACUUUUCGCGAACUGCAAGAACAUGCCAAGAAAUGGAAGGCAGAGAUUCGCCAUAUGACAACUCAAGGAUUCUCAAAGUUGGGGAUGCUGCGUCCAGAGAAUGGUCGUCUCAAUUUAUAUGCGAUUUCGUCAGUUCCAGGAUCCAGCAAUCAAACGAUUUUUAUGGCGGACGUUCCCAUAGAACUUCUCGAGAAAUACGUUCCUUCCGAUGCAAAAAUUAACAUCAAAUUGAGAGCCGGACACAAUGUAGACCCCCUGAUCAAAAAAGGAGCUCCAUCUGCGGAGUUCGCAAUGCUUUGCGAGCGACAGCGAGCUCAAGUAGCUCAAGGAAUCACAGAUUACGAAAUUUGCAAUAAAGAUUUGACUCUGGUGGCUGGCGACCAAAUAUUCCGAUUCCGUCCUGGAAACGAUGCGAUAACACAAAUCACCGUCGGAUUGCCAGAUAAUCAGAAGAAUGAGCCAGGCACCAGAGCCCAAGUCGAGCCAAUGGAUCUGUCUGAAGGAUCCAUGGGACCAGGAACCAAAGGAUGCUCCGUAGAAGCUGAACACUCAUCUACUUCUUCAACUUCCACAUCAUCUAACACCAAAACUGACAAUAAACCACCGCCAGCCCAGAAUUUCGUGUCAAGCGCCAAACAGUGCCCAUCGGAUCCGGAUCUUUGUGCCUAUGUUCUGAACAAGCAAGUGUUCAUCGAGAGAAAAGGGAAGGUCGUGUACCACACGACUUCAAAUUCAAAACAUAUCACAAAUGGAGUUCCUUCUUAUAUAAUUCAAGAAGAACUGGAAAGAUUCGAGGGGAUUUGGUGGAGUGACACUCAAACAAGACUGUUGUACGAGCAUGUCAAUGAGGAAGCCGUCGAAGAUGCUCAAUUCGGAAUCAAUGGAGAUUUGCCAUCGAUGCCAAUGAAGUAUCCAAAAGCCGGCACGAGAAAUUCCACGAGUCAGUUGCGAAUGAUUGUGCUGGAAAAUGGCAGAGUCUAUGAUGUCGGUCUGUGCAACGACCUUAUCGGCGAUCUUUGCGACGGCUUUGAAUAUAUCACUCGAGCUGGUUUUUUCAGUGAUGGAACUACGGUGUGGGUACAAGUGAUGAAUCGGACCCAAAACACUGUCUGGUUGCUGCUGAUUCCAUUCUCCGAUUUCACUCUACCAGAAGAUCUUGCGACGAUAAACCCUCCAUGCAGCUUCCAAUUGUGCGACAAUUUGAAUAUGGGAUACUUCGAUCCGAAUCAUGUUGAAGAUAGACCACGAUUCAAGGUUCAAAGGGCCUCUGUGAUCCAUAAAUAUCAUAAUGAGCAUUGGAUAAAUACCCACAAUGCUAUUCAACCACUGAAAGUUGAGGAUCCUGAGAAUCCAGUCUACGAAUUCAUAUACUGUCUAGAGAAGUCCCAAGGAAGUUGUCUGACUCUUCUCACUGCCUACUUCGAUACGAACGGAUACAACUACCACACUGCUGAAACGAGUUUAAUGGCUGAGAACUACUCGAUCAACAAAUCGAUGGGAAUCGUUUUGGAUGAGAAGAGACAACUUGUCUACUACGUGGCAAAUGAAUCUCAUCCAACCGAAUGGAAUGUAUGUGUCUCCAAUUACCGUUCCGGAAGUCACGCACAGCUCACCGAGAGUGGGAUAUGUUUCAAAGCGGAAAGAGCGAAUGGCAAGAUGGCUUUCGAUUUGGACUACGGUUUCGCUUGCUGGAUGACGGCUAUCGGUGCGGCACCGCAAUGCAGAUUCUACGCAUUCAGAUGGAAGCCUGAAAAGGAUAUUCCUGAAACUAUCUAUGCGGCGUUUAUCUACAUUCCCGGAUCUCCAAUCGUACCGGAAGCUCCACAUGACGUCCCAGAGAUGGUCGAGUAUCCGUCGAAGAGAACCGGCCUAAUGCAUUUCGGAAUGAUCAUUCGUCCAGCCAAUUUCGAUGGUAGCAAAAAGUAUCCAGUGUUUCACUAUGUCUAUGGAGGGCCUGGAAUUCAGAUAGUUCACAACGACUACUCAUGGGUCCAAUUCAUACGUUUUGCUCGCCUCGGAUACGUUGUCGUUGUCCUUGAUAAUCGAGGAUCCGCUCAUCGUGGAAUCGAUUUUGAAGGCUUUAUCGCUGGAAAAAUGGGCACAGCAGAAGUCGAGGAUCAGGUCGAAGGCCUUCAGAUUAUCGCUGAACGAACCGGCGGAUUCAUGGAUCUGAAGCGUGUCGUUGUGCACGGAUGGAGCUAUGGUGGAUAUAUGGCGCUUCAGAUGAUUGCAAAGCAUCCCCAACAAUACAUUGCUGCCAUCGCCGGAGGAGCAGUGACUGACUGGCGACUCUACGACACUGCGUACACAGAGAGAUAUUUGGGAUUCCCAGUUGUGGCAGAUAUCUAUCAGAAGAGUUCCAUAAUUCCAUUGGUCGAUAAACUUCCAGAUGAGCCAAACCGUCUGAUGCUCGUCCACGGACUGAUGGAUGAGAAUGUUCACUUCUCUCAUGCAACAACGCUCAUUGAUGAAUGUAUCAAGAAGGGAAAAUGGCACGAGUUGCUGGUCUUCCCACGUGAACGUCACGGAAUAAGAAACACUGACGCGAGUGUCUACCUGGAUGCUCGAAUGAUGUUCUUUGCUCAACAAGCUGUUCAGAAUCUCGUCUUGGCAGAUGAUGGAACUACGACUAUAAGGAGCGAUUCUCACUAA